GAGUAGCAACCCAUUGGAAGUGGUACGUGGCGUUGGACUCUGAAAACAACCGUCCGUCGGACUCCACUCCCUUCCUUCUUCAUUCUCCAUGGAGGUCACCGCUUCGUGGGAUUCCCUCCGCCAACAGGCAAGAAAGCUCCAAGCUCAGCUGGAUGAGCAAAUGAGUUUGUACCGCAAAUUGGUGUCAGCAAACAUUUCUACGAAAUCUGAUGCUGCUGAGAGUGAUUUGGAGUCUUGGAUUGAGCGGCUACUCAAACAACUCCAACAAGUAAACUCUCAGAUGAAAGCCUGGGUGUCAUCCGGUGGGUCAGAAAUGGUUUCUCAUACUCUAACUAGACACCAAGAAAUUCUUCAAGAUCUCACCCAGGAGUUUUAUCGCCUCCAGUCUAGUCUUAGAGCAAAGCAAGAACAUGCUUCACUACUAGAUGAUUUUAGAGAGUUCGAUCGGACAAGAUUAGACCUGGAAGAGGGUGCAGGUUCUGAACAGCAAACCCUCCUAAAAGAGUAUGCAUCUAUAAGCCGAAGCACCGGACAGAUGGACACUGUUAUUUCUCAAGCACAAGCAACGCUGGGUUCACUAGUCCACCAGCGCUCAACUUUUGGUGGAAUCAAUUCAAAGCUCAGCAAUAUGAGCAGUCGCCUCCCCACGGUAAAUAACAUCCUAUCAGCAAUAAGGAGAAAAAAAUCAAGGGAUACAAUAAUUCUUUCGCUUGUCAUAUCCGUGUGCACGUUCUUGAUUUUAAUAUACUGGCUAACCAAAUAAGGUCUCAUGGGGGUGGCUAGCAAUGGGCAUGCUCGUUGUUUUUCUUUUGGGGGACUCCAUUGUAUUAAUUCAUCUGAUUUUAGGAGGUGCCUUCGGGCAUUUCCUUUUAAAGAUCAAGUUACUGAUCAAUUUUCAUUAUUUUGACAUAAAUAAAUAUAUAAUUUUCUGUUUCAAA